AUGGAUCUAACACGAGAACAAAUUCGAGUUAUGAUUUAUUAUGAUUACAAAAAACAAUUAUCACAAGAGGAAUGUCUUGAAUCAUUGCACAAAACCUUUGGUGACUCUUGUGUUUCUCGUGCCACAGUUUACAAUUGGUUUGCUGAAUUCAGUCGUGGCAGGGAUCACUUUGAAGAUGAACCUCGUGCUGGUCGACCAAGAACUGCAGUCGCUCCAGAAAACAUCGAAGCUGUUCGUGAACUGGUAAAUAUUGAUCCACAUAUCACAUGUCAACAGAUAGAAGACACUUUACAGAUCGGAUCGGCAUUAACGGAAAUUAUUCUUCAUGAUUAUCUUGGUUUAAAAAAAGUUACAUGUCGUUGGGUGCCACAUUCUUUAAGUGAAGCUCAAAAACAGGACCGUGUUGACUAUUGCCUACAAAUGCUCGAAGAAUUCGACGGCGGCAAGUCAAAACGUGUGUAUGAUAUUAUCACUGGUGAUUAA